GCCUGUGCCUCAUCACAACAAAUGAGUACAUUGCCGUAAACGCAGCGCCGGCGGACCACGGUUUUGAGUGAUUUUCUAAGAAAUAAACAAAAAUGAGACUGGUUGUAGUGUUAGCGGUGGUGUUAUCAGUUUCAACUGCAGCGGAUUUUGAAUCAGAACAUGGAUCAAGGCAAAAGCGACAAGACGAUAGAUGGAUAUGGGGACCAUUUAACGAUGCACCAGUUGUAAGAGCUCAGUCAGAACAAAUAACUGCUACAGAAGCACCUGCUCCUGCAAAAUCAAAUCCCUGUGACCCGUUUAAUCCUGUCAAACCUGACUUUAGAGCUCCUGGACGAAGAAAAUCUGACGUCAAAUGUUUCGAAUACAUUUGGGAGAUGAAACGUCGAAAUGAUCAACAAGAAAGUCACAAAAAAUGCCAAGAGUACCUCGUAGAGUCGGGGAAGCUUCCUUUCUUCAAACAUCUCGUGAUUGGAGGCAAAGAAACUUUGCCUGGAGAAUAUCCUCACAUGGGUGCCAUUGGCUGGAAGGCCAGCAUUGGGACGUGGAUCUUCAAAUGUGGGGGGUCUCUCAUCAGUGAGAAGUUUAUUCUGACUGCAGGCCAUUGCUCCAAAGCGUCUUCGAGGGACACCAGCAUAGCCGACGUCGACCCCAAGAUCGUGAGGCUUGGGGACAAGAACAUUCUGGAUAUUAGCUACAACAACCUCGGACCAAGAGACUACAACAUCUCCCGGGUGAUAGUUCAUCCUCUAUACAAACCGCCGAAGAAGUACAACGACAUAGCUCUGAUCGAAUUAGCAACUCCCGUGGACUUCGACAAGUUCACCCAGCCUGCUUGUCUAUGGGGAAGACCAGAUCUUCAAGGAAUCAAUUCUGCUUUUGUGACUGGAUGGGGCGUUGUUGAAACAGCUGGUAAAACUACAUCUCCUGAACUGCAAGCAGCCUCAGUGGACUUGGUGGACUCCCAACAGUGCGACUCUCUGCUCCGGCCUUCCUGCAACAGACACUGGUGCGGUAUCCAGAAUCACCAGAUAUGCGCUGGGAAGCUGACUGGGGGAGUCGAUGCCUGUCAGGGAGAUUCCGGCGGUCCUCUUCAGUUGAAAGUCUCUCUUCCCAUCAAUGAUCAAGGCUCCAUGAACCAAGUGAUAGGCGUGACGUCAUUCGGGAUAGGCUGUGGUCUUCCCAACUUGCCCGGAAUCUACACGAAGGUCUCCAGCUUUAUCGACUGGAUUGAGAACAUCGUGUGGCCGUAACGAAUUGACAUUUGAAGUAGUUUUUAUUGUUAUGUUGUAUAGUUGGAAAUAAUGGAAAUUAGUUAACGAUGUGAUGAAAAUAGCAAUUUUAAUUCAACCAUUGGAGUAUUUCAUAGCUUGGCUCCAAUCAGUAAAAGUUGUGGAUUGUUGUGUUAUGUUAGAAAAACAGGUCAAUUCCGAGCUGGACUCAUAUGAAUCAAGUUUAGGUUUACCAAUAAAAUGACAGUAACAUAUAGCAUUAAAAUUAUUAUUUUUGUAUUUUUUAAAUGUG